GGAAUAUUCAAUCAAUAGGGUCACACUUCUCUCUCUCUAUCCUCCUCACAAUACACACACAUUCACACACUUCCCCUUUUUAAUGCUCUGUAGAAAAUGUCAACAUAACGCAGACCCAUGUUCAGCGCUUCUCCUUCUUCAAGCUAUCUCACUCUCUCUCUAUCUUCUAAGGAUUUUGUGUAUCUAGGUUUUGUAUUUCUGGUAUUUGAUAGCUUCUAAUUUUGGGUAGUUAAGCUAUAAAAGCAAGGCGGUGGAGUUUUGGAGAACUAGGAGGGUUUGUAGGAACCUUUUUUAGGUGAUUUUUCGAUCUUGAAUACACUCGGUCGAAAUCAUAUGGUCAUGGAUCAGAACUUUAGACGUUAUAUCGGUCCGAUUUCCGAAAUCGGAUUUACCAACCAAGCCGUUCCAUUCCUCGGAGACCCUAAUUCGGCGAACAAUCUCAGAGUUUGUGAUAGGUUUUUAAACGGAAAUAUUGCCGAUAAUUGGCUUAUUUCCAGCCAGAUCGGUCUCGAUUCACAAUCACAAGUCCAGUCGUCCGAAGGUGAUCCGCCCGAAGAAUUCGAUUUUAGCGACAUAGUGCUCAGGUACAUAAGCUACAUACUCAUGGAAGAGGAAGUCGAAGACAAAACGUGCAUGUUUCAAGAAUCUGCAGCUCUUCAAGCCGCUGAAAAAUCGUUCUACGAUCUUCUUGGAGAACAGAGUAGUAUCGAAAGCCCCGAUGAGAAGUUUCUAGAAGAAUCCGGAGGUUAUGGUUAUUCGGACGAUGCAGAGAGUCUGUGCCCUGAUUGGCAUCCUCGUGAUAAUAUUACGUCACAGUCGUAUUAUAGUUCGUCGAGUACGAGUAGCAAUAAUGGUGGAGGCACAACAAUCAUCGAUGGACCUAUUGAUUCUCCAGUUAGCACUCUCAAAAUACCCGAUAUGUUUCUUGAUAUCGAAUCGGCUCUGCAAUUCAAGAAAGGGGUCGAAGAAGCGAGUAAAUUUCUUCCUGGUGGCAUUAACUUAGUUAAGGUGGAAAAGAAAUUGGAUAGUAACGAGGAGUUUCUUGAUUUAUCGAGAGGGAAGAAGAAUCACCACCGUAAUAGUUCGGAAGAGGAGAGGAGCAGUAAGCAAUCUGCAAUUUGUUCCGAAUCGAGUGUCAGUUCAGACAUGUUCGAUAAAGUUCUCUUAUGCAGCGGAGGCAAAAAUGAGUCCGCCCUUCGUAAAGAACUGAGCGAAGCAACUUCUCAAAACGUUCAGCAAUCGAAUAUCACAAAAAGUACACGUGGCAAAAAACAGGGGAGCAAGAGAAACGUGGUCGAUUUACGAACCCUAUUGACCCUCUGUGCACAAGCAGUUGCAGCGGAUGAUCGUAGAACAGCAAACGAGUUUCUAAAGCAGAUAAGACAGAAUUCGAGUAUGACUGGAGACGGAAUGCAGAGGCUCGCGCACUACUUUGCAAACGGCCUCGAAGCGCGCAUGGCUGGUUCGGGUACUCAGAUAUAUAAAUCCCUUCUCAAUCUGCCCACAUCAGCAUCCGACAUCUUGAAAGCCUACCACACAUACCUCGCCACCUGUCCUUUCAAGAAGAUCUCGCAUUUCUUCGCGAACAAGACCAUUAUGAACGUCUCCCAGAAGGCAACGAGGCUCCACAUCAUCGAUUUCGGAAUUCUAUACGGUUUCCAAUGGCCCUGUUUCUUACAGCGCCUUUCUUCUAGGCCAGGUGGCCCCCCCAAAUUACGUAUAACGGGUAUCGAUCUUCCUUGCCCUGGUUUUAGACCUUCAGAGAGGGUCGAAGAGACUGGAAGAAGGUUGGCUAGUUAUGCGAAGACUUUUAAAGUUCCGUUCGAGUUCAAUGCCAUAGCUCAGAAAUGGGAAACGAUUAAAAUCGAAGAUCUCAAAAUUGAUGAAGACGAGUUGCUGGUUGUGAACUGUCUCUACAGGUUCCGGAACCUUCUAGAUGAAACCGUGAUAGUGAACAGUCCGAGGAACAUUGUCCUGAAUCUUAUUCGGAAAAUGAACCCUGCUGUGUUUGUGCUCGGGAUUGUAAACGGGGCCUACAAUGCCCCGUUCUUCAUUACGAGAUUCCGCGAGGCAUUAUUCCACUACUCUUCGUUUUUCGAUAUGCUGGAGGAGAAUAUUCCACGGGAGAUCCACGAGAGGAUGCUUCUAGAAAGAAUAGUGUUCGGAAGGGAAGCGAUGAAUGUGAUUGCGUGCGAGGGGGCGGAGAGGAUCGAGAGGCCCGAGACGUACAAGCAGUGGCAGGUUCGUAAUAUCAGGGUUGGGUUCGAGCAGCUCCCAUUGGAUAAGGAGAUUAUGAAAAUGGCAUUGAACAGAGUGAAGACUUCUUACCAUAAGGAUUUUGUGAUUGAUGAAGAUGGUGGUUGGAUGUUGCAGGGGUGGAAGGGGCGGAUUGUGUACGGGCUUUCGUCUUGGAGGCCCGUUUACUGAGAUUUGUAUCGUCAUUAAAAAAAAAAGAGGUGAAAAUUACCUACUGGUGAUUGUAUUAAUCCUUGAGAAAUAAUUAGUAUGUAGUUGGAAGAAGGUCUUAUCUUUGUAAUUUUCUCUGUAUUGCUCUGUUUUUAGUUAGGGUUUGUGUAGUGUAAUAGGGUUGGUCUUAAUUAGGCUUUAAUUUGCUGUAUUAUCAAAGUUUUUUCAGUUAGGGGGCAAAUUACUUCAAAUGAUUCUGUAGUUUUUAUUCUAAUGUCUGUGGAUUGUAUGGGAAUUUCAAAUUUGUGUUGAGAUAAAUUCCUUUUUCUA